GACAGCUUUCAAGACAAUAAUGAAAACAUAACCUAUAAAUUGAGUUUUAUGGAAUCAUAAUUAAAUAAUAAUUUAAUAAUCAAUUGGAUAAAAGUUAUUACAAUGUCUUAUUUAUCCGCAAUAGGUCGGGGUUUUGUACAAAUGCGAACUUUAGUUAAUGUAAAUUCACAAUACCUUCAUACAAACAGUUCUUGCUUCGCUGCUGUGAAAAAGACUUCAGCGGCAGGAGGUGUAAUGGGCCUGGGUAAAGGCAAGAAGAAGGCUGGCGGCAAACUGGGCCCGAUGGAAAAAAAGCAGCUGCCAGUUGAAACUGACCCCGUCAAGCUCACCACGUUCGUGUGCGGGUCUAACAUCUACACCACCGGAGAGGAUGUCAAGCUGAAGGACGACAGCGAGUACCCGUCGUGGCUGUGGACGCUGCGCACGGGCGCUCCGCCGCGGCUGGAGGAGCUGGACCCAAAUUCUAAGCGCUACUGGCUGCGCGUGCGCGCCGCCGGCAUGCGACGCAACAACCGCCUCAAGGCCAUGCGCAAGUUCUGACGACAGAUAGAAGACUACCCUCAGUGCUUCAACGUAAGAAUGCUUCUUUCUUCCAUAUACUUCUGUAGACGACAGCCGAACAUAGUUGCAAUCGAUAUGAUUUUGCAUGCAAAACUUAUUGAGAUGUUUAAAUGGACUAAUUUUGCCAAACUACAUUUUGUGUAAGCAACCCUGCUCCCAAUAUAAUUUGUUUCAUCAUCACCAUACCGUGCCAGAAUGUUAGUGAACGCAAUGUUAAGAUGAGAUUGUGAACGAUAGAGGAAGUCCAAUGUCCUGCCUAGUAUACUGUGGGUGUGAGUUAUAAUUUAUAAGAAAUAGUGUAAAUUCAUAAGUAGAUAGUGUAAGUAAAAUUGUUAAUAAAAAAUGUUA